AAACAGAGGAAGUUCCCUAUGCUUCUAGGUGCCUCUGGCACCAACACCAAAAGCGAUAACGCCACGAGGCACUAUAAAUGGAUGCCACCUCAAUUCAUUCCUACACGUGUCUUCACAAAAUUCUUGUCUUAAUCCAUCUCUUUUCUUCGUCCACCUUUGUCAAUUUCAUAAUCUAAAAUCUCAAGUGUGUUCCCUUUCUUACUCGACCAAACAAAGAAACCACACACCAUAAACCAAGACAAAACAAAGCAAUGAUGCAAUUUAGAUUGGCAACAGCAUCAUCAAGAUCGUAUUUGGCAGUGUUUGCAGCCCAAAAACAGGGUCAGUUCCGAAGAUUUGCCUCUGGAGCAGCCAUUAAAGGAAGAACAGCUGACCCUACUAUUCACUCUGGAGAACUUGAAGCUGGACCUGAUGUUCACAGGGGUGAACCUCAGGGUAUAGAAAAUCAUCCAGAUGACCAUGGAGAGAAAGAACCCAAACCCGGUUCCGAAACGGAUCCGGUAAAACAACCCAAGCUGCCGCAUGAAUCUUCUCCGAGGCUGAAGAGUUCGCCAGUGAAUCAUCCUUUGGAACCCAACGUUCAACAAGGGCGUACGGCUACUAGUGGUGCAGCACUGGACGACGUGAGCUGCGUGGGGAUGGACGGUACGCCUUUGCCGGAGAGCAAAGGGAAGGAGGAAAGGGGAAAGAGAGAGGAAACGAUGGAUGACAAGGAGUAUUUUAAGCAUCACAAGGCUUCCCCGUUGUCGGAGAUAGAGGUGGCGGAUACUCGGAAGCCGAUCACUAGAGCGACGGACGGGACGGCAUCGGAAACGGAACAGAGUAAGGGAGAGAGGAUAGGGUGGAGGGCGGAGCAGCUAGAGACGGCUGAAGAGACGCUGUUGAGGGCUACGAGGAUUUGGAAGGAAAACGCGAUGCGUGGCAUUCCAGAGGCUCCGCAUUCUAGGAGACUCAGAGAACUCCGUGGUGAAUGGUUUUGAUUUGCAAGUGAAGCCCAAGAAAGGGUAAAUAAAUGAAGCUAAUGGCGUUGUUGCCCCCAAAAAACUCUGUAAAAGCUAACGCUGCAAUCGUAAUUUAUGGUUUUCUUGUUUGAAAGGAGAAUAUUGGAUGACGCCUCAUUGAGUAUCAUAGCUCACGACACUUUUAGAUGUAUAACCUCGUUCAGUGGUUAGAUCACGACACUUUCAACCAUUUCUUUGAGUAUCAUAGCUCACGGCUAUGUAUUCGAUUGCCUUCUUAUCGACUUACUUCAUGGAUGGUUAGGCACAAAUACGUAGCCCAUAUAACCGUAGACUUUGAUUUUCCCAAGUUUUUUGUAUGGUGUCAUGAAAUUAAGCUUUGCCUGUGGCACUGGAUCGAUAACAUCAGCAGUUAUUUUCAUAUACUCUACCCAAAAUCGUAGUGGCACAUUCUUUGUAUGUAACAUGCUUUGGUAAGUCUGUCAAGUGUCGGUUCUUCUACUCAACAAUUACAUGUUUUGUGGGGUCGUCUGACAGUGUGGCUAUCUUCGCAUAUUCUUUAGACGUUAUCUGUAUGAAGGCAUCGUAAAUUUCGAUCAAGUUCCUUUUCGACCAUGUCUUUAAUUGCUUUAAACUUCAUUAAAACU